AGCAUCAAGGACAUGCCUAGUCUAUUCUAAUGUUUCAUAAAUAUUCAUGAGUCAAAAAACAUCAGAGAAGAGUAGAGCAAACCUUGCGAAAAAUUAGCUAUGGACUAUUUACGCUAUUUUUUGGCCAACAUUUUAGUCUUGUUUGUGACAUUCUUGUCAAUUGGUCAUGAGCAUAAAGGUCUAGUUGCUGUGCAUGGCCUGGGAGUCAACUGGGGAACGCGUGCAACGCAUCCAUUACAACCGGAGAUAGUGGUGAGGUUGAUCAAGGACAAUGGAUUAAAGAAAGUUAAGCUUUUUGAAGCCGAGCCUUGGGUUUUGCAGGCUCUUGGAAAUACUGGCAUUGAGGUUAUGCUUGGGAUUCCUAAUGACUUCUUGGCCCCUCUUGCCAGCAGUGUUCGUGUUGCAGAGGAUUGGGUUUCUCAGAAUGUUUCUGCAUUUAUCUCAAAAUAUGGAGUUGAUAUAAGGUACGUCGCAGUGGGGAACGAACCAUUUUUGAAAACGUACAAAGAUUCAUUUCUACAAACAACAUUUCCAGCUCUGAAAAAUGUUCAAGCUGCACUUAUAAAGGCUGGAUUAGGCCGACAAGUGAAGGUUACUGUACCGCUCAAUGCUGAUGUUUAUGAAAGCAGCACGGACGUACCCUCAGGUGGUAAUUUCCGGUCUGAUAUUCAUGAUCUCAUGAUAUCAAUAAUUAAGUUCCUCAGUGAUAGUGCUUCUCCGAUCACUAUCAAUAUAUACCCUUUCUUGAGUCUCUAUGCCGAUCCACAUUUCCCAGUAGAUUUUGCCUUCUUCUCUGGAAAUGCUGCCCCUGUUGUCGAUGGUUCCAUUUCAUACACUAAUGUAUUCGAUGCUAACUUUGACACUCUUGUUUGGGCACUCGAAAAGAAUGGUUUUUCAUCAUUGCCAAUUAUUAUUGGAGAAGUUGGAUGGCCUACUGAUGGUGACUCCAAUGCUAACAAAAAUUAUGCAAGGAGAUUUAACCAAGGACUAUUUGACCGUAUAAUCAAGGGCCAGGGGACUCCUAAGCGUCCAAGUUCUCCUCCUGAAAUUUAUUUAUUCGGACUCAUAGACGAGGAUGCCAAGAGCAUUGAUCCUGGAAAUUUUGAGAGGCAUUGGGGUCUUUUCAAUUACGAUGGAUCUCUUAAAUAUCAGCUUAAUCUUGGAAGCAAUAGAGCUUUAGUCCCAGCUAAAGGUGUUCGAUACUUGUCUAAGCAAUGGUGUGUUAUGGCUCCUCAAGCUAGUCUUUCGGAUCCCACUUUAGCAGAAGGUGUUAGUUAUGCUUGUAGUAAUGCAGAUUGUACAAGUCUUGGCUAUGGAUCAUCUUGCGGUGCACUGGAUGCUAAAAGCAAUGCUUCUUAUGCUUUUAACAUGUAUUAUCAGACCAAGAAUCAACAGAGAGAUUCAUGUAAUUUCAACGGUUUGGCUGCUAUUUCUACGGUGGAUCCAUCUCAUGACACCAAUUGUCGGUUUGAGAUCAUGAUCGAUGUAGGAAAGCAUCCAAAGGCUCGGAACAGAACUUAUACUACAGCUGGAGUUGAAAGGAACGGAAGCUUAGCCAUGGCCCUUAAAUUUCUUAUUGGUCUGACUAUUGCUUGUGUUUUUUGAACUCUUAACUAGCAAUAUCAGUAUUUGUAUAUGAAAUUUAUUUAGAUCCAUCAAUUUAUGGAUCUGACUUCUAUAAGAAUUCUUUUAGCAUCAUCAUUUUUUUUCAAAUAUGGAGUUUGAUUGGAGUUCUA